AUGUUUUCCGUUCGCCGAUGCUCCUCCAAUUUGGAUCUCCAGACAACUCUCAACGGAAUUCUGGUUUUUCCGCCAAUGAAUAUUUUCUGGCGGGAACUUGGUUGGGUGGGUGUACACGACAAUUCACAAAACAAGUUUCUUCCGAGAACAACAGUUUUGGAAAUCAUGCCGAAGGUCAACAGCAAAGAUGAUGUUGUCACGCUCCGCCAUUUGGGAGGGGCCUCUGUGGACUUUCUAGUGGAUUGCCUCACAGGAAUUACUGAUCACCCAAUGCUCCGCACGCACAAUGAGAAAGCACAGAAAUUUGUUGUGGAUUCAGAGGUCGUGUUGCAGGCCACGGUUUUGGAUUGUGUUUUCGAGAAACGUACGUUCAACAAGGCAACUGGUCCAAUCUCCAUUGCCAAGUUUGUGCUGGCCGAUGGAAGUUCUGCCGUUUGGAAAGCGGUGACAAGUAGCAAUUUGUCCGAACUUGUGGAGAUUGAAAUGGCCAAAACAGCCAAUUCGUCCGGGAUGUCUUCUAUCAAAGUUGACCCACCGGAUACUGUAGAAGAAAGUGACGACGAAAGCUACAAUUCACCACCCUUGAAAAGGGGAAGUCUACGCUUCUUCGAAGAAGAGGAGGCUCUCUACCUUUCUACUGAGGAAGGCUACUUCUCCAGUUACGUCCCGGAUGUCAUUGAAGAUGCAAAGCAGAAAGGGGAUCUGAUCUUCACCGUUCCUUGUUGUCUUUUUGACCCAAAGACAAACAAGGGAUUGGUGUUCCAAGAGAAGGCGACAGUUGCACAGUUGAAGUUGACUCACCCUUGUCAUGUCACAUGGAACAAAGCUGACUUCAAAAAACUGUACCAAGACAUCCCAGAAGACUUCGACGAGGACGCCACAGUCCCAAUGCCGGAUGCGAAGGAUGCUGAAUCAAUUGGAACUAAGAGGAAGGAACCUCCAAAGGAGUACACUACAGAGGAGGUGGCCUCGAAGAAGGUGAACAUGGAAUUGGAGGAAAAGAAAGAACGCGAUGAGUCGAAAAUGGUCGUUGACCUAGAAGAAGAGGAAUGUGCUGUGAAAGAAGCUUUCGAAAAGGAAAGUAGACUCAGUGCAUUCCAUGCGUACACCGAAGAAGUCAAAUCGAUUUCGUCCAAGUCCGGUGACUAUUGGGAUAAUGCCAUCCGCAUUACUCUUGAGUGGAAGAAUCGCUCCAAGCGCCUUGAUGACUCCCCCGGUUACAGCGUCUAA